AUGUUUUUUUUUUCCGUGAGCAGUGGCAAAAAUGGACCAACUUCCUUGGCGAGUGGACAUUUUACUGGCUCAAAUGUAGAAGACAGAACUAGCUCAGGGUCCUGGGGGAAUGCAGGACAUCCUAGUCCAUCCAGGAACUAUGGAGAUGGGACUCACUAUGAUCAUAUGGCGAGCAGAGACCUCGGGUCACAUGACAAUCUCUCUCCUCCAUUUGUCAAUUCCAGAAUACAAAGUAAAACAGAAAGGGGAUCAUACUCAUCGUACGGAAGAGACUCGAGUUUGCAGGGUUGCCACCAGGUAAGCGGGAUCCUGCUCGGCGAGGCGUGGCGAUGA